UUAACAGCUAUGGGUCCAUGGACCAUAAUAAAGUUAUAUAUUAAUAGCUUGGAGGCACAAAAUAGUUGCAUCGUGGUCUCCUCUCCACAGUCUGGGAACAGCCUCCAGGGGCAGGCACUGAGAAGGUAACAAGAAUACCAGAAAGCUUCUAAGAGGACCUGCAAUGAGGAAGAUGGAAGGCUGGACUUUGGUUAUGUGCCUUUUAAGUACCACAUUUGCUAUUCCAUUGCCACAACAUCCUGGUUAUAUCAAUUUCAGUUAUGAGGUAAUGACACCUUUAAAAUGGUACCAGAGCCUAAUAGGACACCAGUAUCCACGUUAUGGCUUUGAACCAAUGGGAGGAUGGAUGCACCAUGCUGCAGGACCAACAAUGCACCAAACUACCUUCCAAAGCCAUCCUUCAGUGCACUCAACUCUCCAUCAAAUGCAGCCACCACAUCCAGCACUGAACCCACACAUGCAGCCACCUGGGCACAACCCAUUUGGGCCAAUGCCUGGUCAAAAUACAUUGAUGCCCCAGUUUCAACCAGCUCAUGGAGGACCAAUUCAUCAUCCAUUCCAACCACAUGCAGGAGAACACCCAAUGCACCCUCAGCAAACAGGGAAUCCAGUCCACCCAAUGCAUCCUCAGCAACCAGCAAAUCCAAAUUCACCAAUUUACCCAGUUCAGCAAUUGCCACCACUGAUAUCAGAUACACCUCUUGAAUCAUGGCCACCAGCUGACAAGACCAAGCAAGAAGAAGUGGACUAAAAGACCCAAGAAACCAGAAUAAUGCAAAGAAUAAUCAGGCCUUGUAUUUUGCUUUCAAGAACCCAUACUUUUACUUCAGUGAGUGAUAUAUGGUUCCAUUAACCCACAGUUUUAGUAAAUGUUGUAACUAGAUGGCAAACUAAUGUGAAGUAGCAAAUAAUAAAAUAUGUUUUGAUCAAUA